GUCUACAUCUAUUGUUUAUUAUAGGAAAAAUAGUACCUAAAAUAAUUUUAUAAAAUGGUAAGAUUUUGUUCCUUAAAAUAGCAAAUUAAAAAUUCUAGUGUACGUGUAAAUUCAGACGUAUUUUAUUAAAAUUCUUAGCAAUAACUUAGAAGACAUGGAAUUUAAAGAGAAGCACAUUCCAACACAACCUUCAACAAAGGUACCAGAUAGACCAUUAGCAGUUUCACAUUCCUCUGAGCCUCAAGCAGAGGGUGAAGUAGAUCUAGACGAAGAUGAAAUAUCUCAACAAAUGACACAAUCUUACAGUGAGAUUUCAUUUAAAUCUGGUCAGAGUCCUGAAAACGAAAUUCCUAUGUCUUCAACACUAGAGUCACUACAAAUCGGAGAGGAGGUUAAAAGACCUAUGACUUUGCCCUACACAAACCCAAAACCGUUAAAUUUGGAAGGCUCUGUUCACAUCGAGGGAAACAUGACACACUUUGUAGCAGAAGAGAUUGAGCAAAAAAUCAGACUGUCUAGCCCAGUUUCUAAAAAAGAUACUCCAGGUGUCAGUACUUCAAGGACAUGUACCCCCAGUCCUCUAUACCGCCAGCUGUUAAUACCGCAGGUUGGCCAACUUGAUUCUGCUUUAAUAAAUGAUCUAGAAGUAGAGGCGCACAGAAUGGCAACAUCUGUAGAUAGUUUGAUUGAAAAUUUAUGUGAAAUUCUACAUUCCAUCUCUUCAAUAACUGCUGACAAUGUUGAUGUAUACAAAAAUGCUGUUUCCAAAAUGUCUGAUGCCAUGGAUGGUAAUAUUAAGAGUAUGUACACAAUGAUGGCCAAAGCUGAAGAAGUGACACAAUCUAUGAAGAUUGUGGAAGGCUUGUCCAUUCGUAUUAAGGAAAUAAAGAGAUUAGUUGAUUUGUUUGAGAGUUUUGUAUAAACUGUGAUAUAAUUUAUAUGGUUAUUUAUGUAUUAUACUAUUUUAUUUAUUGCUUCAAUGAAGCUGGGAUAGUGUGUAAGGCAGAUUCUGAAUUAUGUAAUUUGCAAUUAAAUAAAAAUAAUUCAUCCUACAAUCAACUAAAAAGAUGAGAUAAUACAUUUGACAUAAUAAUAUAAAUUGAAGAAUUUCCGUAUGUAUUUAUAACAUUGUAGCUUUCUGAAAAAAUUCAUUUAGUCUAAAAAUCUAUCAGAACAAUUUGGCAUUUAAUUUAUAGUACUGCUGUAUGCCUGCUUUAGAUUAAACUUUUA